AUGGCGUCCUCUUCGACGUCCAAGGCCUCGCACCAACCGCUGUACGCGUUCGCGCUCCCCUCCGAGCUCGUCAACGACCUGCGCGUGCGCAAGCUCGUCAUCCCCGAAUCGCACCCACUGCACCCCUCCCAGGCCUUGGUCAAGUCGACGCCUUCGUCUACACCUACACCGAAUCGCCCACCUCGAGCGGACCAACUCUCCAUCACGGCCGGCAACUUCACCUGUGCUCUGACCGGCGCGAGCUUCAACGACCUUCAGGGGCUCAAGGACCACUACAAGACCGACUGGUACAGGUACAACGUCAAGCUCAAGCUGCAGGGCAAACCGACCCCGGUCAGCGAACAUGACUUUGCCCAGCUCGUCGAAGGUGAGCGCACCUUUCACCGAGAAUACCGAGAAAUGUCGUCAUCGACGAGCGUGGACGGAGACCGCUGACGUUCGCGUUUCAUCCCGACAGCCCUUUCCGCUUCCAUUUCGGGAUCAGAGUCCGAAUCAACCUCGGAUGAUGACGACGAUGCCUCCUCCUUCUCAUCGUCCAAUGCCGUCUCGCGACUCGUUCGCAAGCAGCGCCUCGAAUCGCCUGCGAACGGCGAAGCCCUCGACCCGCUCGACGACCCUCGUCACCUCAAUGGACCUCGUUCAGCCCUCAUCUGGUUCGAGGCACCCAACGCAUCGCCUGGAACCCAGUACGGUAUCUAUCGAGCGGCCCUUCCCUCCGCAGGUGGACAGAAGAAGCACCAAGACGGCCUCGACGGAUUGGACGAGCUCAAAUUUUCGCAACUUGUCGAACCCGUCGGGAGCAAAGGCAUCUACUCGACCAAGGACGGCAAGGACAGGAGAUGGACCUUGUUGAUGUUUGGGGGAGGGCACUUCGCUGGUAUGGUCGUCAGUGUCGUGCCGAGGUUGGUCAGCAAGGGUAAAGGCAAGGAGAAGGAGAAGGAGGUCGUCGUGCUCGAGAAGAAGACGUUCCAUCGCUACACGAGUGAGUGUGGAUCUGUUGCGUCGAAAACUCAGGCUUUGUGCUUAACCGAUUUCUCCAUCUCGCAGCUCGCCGAAAGCAAGGUGGUUCGCAGUCUGCGCAUGAUGGUGGCAGCGGCAAAGCCAAAUCCGCCGGUGCGCAGAUUCGGCGACACAACGAGACAGCUUUGACAGAGGUGAGAUUGGGAUGUUGCCAAAAAAAACCCCCGGUUCAUCGGCUAACGACGGCUUUCGUCUUUUCGUCUUGCACUUUGACAGGAAGUGCGCGAGUUACUGAGCGGAUGGAGGGAGCACAUCGAGGGGAGUGAACUCGUCUUCCUGCGAUGUAGCAAAGCGAACUACAAAACCUUUUUCGAUCACGACGAAGCGCCAAUACAGAGAGGUAAGCCAUGUUGUGACUUUGCUUAUUCCAGAUUGACGAUGUCAUUUACUCUUUGUUCGCACUAUCAUCGCAGGUGAUCCUCGAAUCCGAGGGUUCUCAUUCCCGACUCGCCGACCGACAAUCAACGAGCUCGUUCGCGCCUUCACCGAGCUCACGCGGGUCAAGGUCUCGCACCUCACCUCGGACGCGUUGGCCCAACUCGAUGCCGACUAUCUCGCAUCCAUCACCCCACGCCCGACCCCAGUCGUAUCGAAACCUAAACUUUCCCUAACCGACUCCAAGCAGAAGCUACUAGGACCUUCGAAAUUGACCAAGGAGGAAGAGCUCGAACGCGACCGAUGGGAACGAUGCAUCGACAUGGUCAAGAGGGGCAAGAUCGAAGCCCUUUCUGUCUUCUUGGACAAGUAUGGCCCCGAACUCGAGUCGAGUUCGGGUGGUGGUCAGAACGUUUGGGGCUCGUUGCCGGAAUGGAUGGCCGAGUCCAGGUCACUGCCGACGCUCUUGCACAUCGCUAGCGCGAGCGAUCAAGCGGAGAUGGUCAGAUGGCUGUUGGUGGAGAAGCGUGCCGAUCCAACUCUCCGACCUUCGACGAAUCAGCGCCCACCCGUCGUAUCCGAAGGUGAAGACGAAACGGAAGAUACAACGGCGGCAUCGACGACGACGAAGCGCCUGCAAACGCCUUACGAGCACGCUCCUUCGCGCACGACUCGCAACGUUUUCCGAGGAGUGAUGGCCGAGCAUCCUGAAUGGUGGGACUGGGCGGGGACGUCUGUGGGAGGUGCCCGUGUUCCUUCGGCUUUGGACGAGCAGAAGGAGUCGGAGAAGGAUCAGAAAGCUAGGGAGAGGAGGGACAAGCUGAGGGAGAAACAGAAGGAGCGUGAUGCGGCCAAAGGGCUGAUCGAGAAGAGGAAGAAGGACGAGGAAGAUCGGGUGCUGGAGGAGGCCAAGGAGAAAGCUAGGAAGGAGGCGGAGAGGAGGGGGAUUACGCCGGCGGCCAAUAAAGGGCCUCAGAGGCUGGGAGGUGUGGGAGGAGGGAAGCAAGCGCCUCCUGGGGCCGAUCUGAGUGAGGUACAGAGGAUGAGGGUUGAGAGGGAGGCCAGGGCCAGGGCCGCUGAGGCCAGGCUAAAGCCCCUGGGGCGAUAG